UGGGGGCGAAAUAUUACUGCACAUUACACCAAUUCGGCAUUACACCGGUGUAAUACUGGUGUAAUACUAUUUUAAUAAAUCUUUGAACAAAAUUUGGUGUAAUAAAUAUUCACCAAUACGAAUUAUUUGAAAUAAUUACGCAUGUAUACCCUUUCUUUCUUUCGCAUUUUCUCUUUUCUUUGCCUUUCCCUUCCUCUCUCACUUUCUCUCUUCACGCACCCUUUACCUCCUCACCCUUUUCUUCUUACUCUUUUCUCACAUCAUUUCCUCGCCUUUUCCCUUCCACUUCGCCCUUUACCCUUACUUUUCCUCUCUUGUCUUCCUCUUCUACUUUCCCUCUUACUUUUCCUUAUCUCGUCCUUCCUUUCUGAUUGACCUCAUCAGGAGUUUUUAAAACAACAUUUAUUGAAAUAUUCAAAUAUUAACUAUGUUCAUAGCAUAAGG